AUGCCGCCUAUUGGACUGAUCUAUUGCGUUUCCAUAACAAAAGCGACCAACAUGACGCGCUAUGGUGCAAAAGCUCUUAACCUAAACUAGGACAGUAUUUGAGAACCUCCGAUUAAAUUCAGGGACGAUAACGAAGAACCAUUUGAAAACUUUUAUUUUCAUUAUGUUUCAGGAUAGGUAAAUGACAAAACAUUGGGUGCACCUUUGAAUAUGACAAGCCUGGAUCAGGGCUGCAGGUUGUGACUGCCUUUCACCACUGAGGGAGGGCGCUAUCUGUGGUUGUCUUGGAGAUGAUGGCAGACAUACUGGAGCUGCGGACAGACGGGAAUUCGCUUCUGAAAGCGGUAUGGCUCAGACGCCUGCGGCUCACCAGGCUCCUGCUUGAGGGGGGUGCCUAUAUUAAUGAGAGCAACGAGCGAGGAGAGACACCGCUCAUGGUGGCCUGCAUGUCCAAACACAGCGACCCGCAGAGUGUCAGCAAGGCAAAGCUGGUCAAGUACCUGCUGGAUAAUAAGGCUGACCCUAACAUCCAGGACAAAGCAGGCCGGACAGCCCUGAUGCACGCCUGUAGCCAGAGGGCAGGACAUGAGGUGGUGUCCCACCUGUUGACCAAUGGGGCUGACCCAAGUCUCGAAGACAGGAGCGGGGCUUCUGCUUUGGUCUAUGCAGUCAAUGUUGAUGAUAAGGAGACCCUAAAGGUUCUCCUAGAUGCAUGUAAGGCCAAGGGCAAAGAAGUAAUCAUUAUCACCACAGACAAGUCAGCCUCUGGCACCAAAACCACCAAGCAGUACCUUAAUGUCCCCCCUUCCCCAGAGCUAGAGGAUAGGUGCUCCCCUGCAUUCUGCACCACUCCCUCUGACAUUGAGCUCAACACCUCCUCAUCACCUAACUCAGCCGAGCAGCACAACACUAUCUUCAGUUUCCAGACAAAGUUGAAAACAUCAUCCAGCACAGCAGCAAAGCUUCCCAAUGGGCCAACCUCUCCCACACGGCGACCAGCCAACCCCAAGCGUGCUCGUUUACCCCAGCUGAAGCGUCUGCAGUCAGAGCCGUGGGGGCUGAUCGCUCCCUCCGUCCUGGCUGCAGCUGCGGCCCACGAGGAGAGUAAGAGAGCCACCUCUGAGGAGGUUGUCACAGGUGUCAAUGGACUUGCUCUGUCCAAGAGAUCGACUAUGUCUCGACAAAACAGUGUGGAUGGCAAGGAUGUGUUGUUCCCACAAAUGUCAUCCUCAUUGUCUGUCCCUCUAACUUCCAAAUCGGCCUAUGAGAGGUCUCUGUGUCAGCACCAGCCCUUGGCCCGGCGUAGCACCGUCCCUGCAGACCAGGACAGUAGCAGCAACAGUGUGCCAGCUAGCUUGAGAGACCAGGUCUACAGGAGACGGCUGGGCACUGACCACUAUGACUCAGACUCUCAGCUGUACUCAGACUCUGGCAUGCUGGACUCUCCUAAGGUUCCUCUAGAGAGGAGGAAACUCAACACAUCUCCAUUAGCCAUGCUGACCAGCUCCAGGGAGUCCCUAGACAGCAAUGCCAGCACGUCAUCACCUAGCACAGCACGUCGCCGCGCACCAGGCCUCUUGGAGAGGCGAGGCUCGGGGACUCUGCUGCUGGACUACAUUUCCCAUACCCGGCCUGGCCAUCUACCCCCACUGAACGUCAACCCCAACCCUCCUAUCCCAGACAUCGGAGCCAGCAGCAAGCCCUCAUCCCCUCUUGCCUCAGGUUUCAUAUCAAUAGCUCCAAUAGCACCAAACUCACCAAAGAGAGGCCAGCUCAAGUCAAAAAAAAAACUUGUAAGGAGGCACUCUAUGCAAGUGGAGCAAAUGAAGCAGCUCUCUGCUUUUGAGGAGCUGUAG